GAGGGGUGUUCAGCAGUUGCGGCGUUAGCGGCGUCAGCGGCCGAUUCAGAAGAUGGCGGUUUCGCAGAAUGGGAAGUAUUUGGCUAUGUUUACUCAUGAUGGGAGGUUGCUUGUGGUGUUGACCGAUUUUUCGAGAAUCAUUUUUGAGUAUACUUGUGAGACAACAUUGCCGCCGGAGCAAAUUGCUUGGUGUGGACUGGACAGUGUGUUGCUCUAUUGGGAUGAAAUGCUUCUGAUGGUGGGCCCCAAUGGCGAUCCAGUGCGCUACAUGUAUGAUGAACCAAUUAUACUUAUUUCAGAGUGUGAUGGGGUAAGAAUCCUUUCUAACUCAACUAUGGAAUUCCUACAACGAGUUCCUGAUUCAACGGUCUCAAUCUUCCAAAUUGGAAGCACCGAACCCGGAGCUUUGUUAUAUGAUGCUUUGGAUCACUUCGACAGACACAGUGCUAAGGCUGAUGAAAACCUAAGAUCUGUGCGCUCUAAGUUGCCACAGGCUGUUGAGGCUUGCAUAGAUGCUGCUGGACAUGAAUUUGAUGUCUCACGCCAAAGAACCUUACUGAGAGCUGCAAGUUAUGGUCGGGCCUUUUGCAGUCAGUUCCCACGUGAACGCUUUCCAGAGAUGUGCAGAACAUUGCGAGUGCUAAAUGCUGUUCGGAAUCAUGAGAUUGGUAUUCCCCUUAGCAUUCAACAGUACAAGUUGCUUACAGCACCAGUUCUUGUUGGGAGAUUGACUAAUGGGAACCAUCACCUUCUGGCUUUGAGGAUCUCUGAGUAUCUUAACUUGAAUAUAGAGGUGGUUAUCAGGCACUGGGCUUGUACAAAGAUAACAGCAUCAUCAUCUAUCGAUGAUAUUGCACUUUUAGAUAUCCUUCUGGAGAAGCUGAAAUUAUGCAAAGAUAUAUCAUAUGCCGCCAUUGCUGGUCAUGCAGAUAAGAGCGGACGAAGAAAGUUGGCUGCAAUGCUUGUUGAUCAUGAACCACGGGCAGUUGAACAGGUUCCUUUGUUGCUAAGCAUUGGGGAGGAAGACAGCGCUUUGGGAAAGGCAACUGAAAGUGGUGAUACUGAUCUUGUUUAUCUGGUUCUUUUCCACAUAUGGGAAAAGAAGCAACCAAUUGAUUUUUUUGGAACAAUAAAUGCUAGACCUCUAGCUCGUGAUUUGUUUAUUACGUAUGCAAGGCAUCAUGAUCGUAAAUCCCUAGAGGAUUUUUUCCUAUCAACUGGCCGUCCCCAGGACGUUGCUUACCUCUUGUUGGAGGAGUCAUGGGAAUUAGAAAGGAAACCUAUGGCUACCAGAGGAUCUGCCCUACAGGGUCCACGGAUAAGGCUUAUUGAGGAUGCUCAAAAGCUUUUCUCUCAGACCAAAGAACAUGCAUUUGAAGCAAAAGCUGCUGAAGAGCAUGCCAAAUUGUUGAGAUUGCAACUGGACCUUGAAGCAUCAACGAAGCAGGCUAUUUUUGUUGGUUCCAGCAUCAGCGAUACAAUUAGAACAUGUAUCGUACUAGGCAAUGAACGAGCGGCGAUGAGAGUGCGGGCAGAAUUCAAGGUGUCAGAGAAGAGAUGGUACUGGCUAAAGGCAUUUGCACUGGCUACAGCGAGGAAUUGGGAGGCUUUGGAGAAGUUCUCCAAAGAGAAGAAACCACCGGGUGGUUUUAAACCAUUUGUGGAAGCAUGCAUCGAUGCUGAAGAAAAAACUGAAGCUCUCAAAUACAUUCCGAAACUCACAGAUCCUGGAGAUAAGUCACAGGCCUUUGCACGCAUUGGUAUGGAUAAGGAAGCUGCAGAUGCUGCAGCUCAAGCUAAGGACAGCGAAUUAUUUGGCCGCUGGAAAUUGAAUUUAGCCCAAAAUUCUGGCACUGCCUCCAUUUUGGAUACUCUGCGAGAUCGCUUAUCUUUUCAAGGUGUUUAUUAAUUAGCGUGACAACUUCAUGGUGAUGUAUAUAGAUAAUUUGUGCUGUUAUGGUGCCUUUUUCUGCCAUCAGUUUCAUGUUCGAGAUAAGUAUAAUUCAUUUUGUUCUGGUUUACUUUGCUUUUCUCGGCAACUUUCUGUUGCAAAUUAGAUAUUCAAAAUGUAUCUCAGUCAUCUUGAAUUCUGAGUGAAAUUGUUCAACUGUGAGCUUAUUUUGUACUAAACAGUUAAUAAUAGCCUGUUAGUUUCUAGA